AGGGACACCCAUGAGAUUUUGGGAUGCUGGAUGCUGAUGCGACAGUGGCACCGGGGCAUGGGGGUGCCAGCUGCCCCCCAGGGCCCCAUCCCCACAUGUCACCGCUGUCCCCACCUCUCAGCUCCCUCUACACCGGCGGGACCCUGCUCGUCGCCUUCUCCACCCCAGAGCUGGCGGUGCUGCUCUUCCCGGCCAUGUCCAUGCUGUCGGUGGGCGGCAUCCUCCUCAUCCUCACCAACAUGCAGGUGGGCAACCUCUUUGGGAAGUACCGCUCCAUCAUCAUCACCCUCUACAACGGGGCCUUUGACUCCUCGUCUGCCAUCUUCCUCAUCAUCAAGGUGGGCACAGGGUGGGGGGACGUGGAGAUGCCAGGGGGUGGUGCUGGGUGCCCCUGGGUGCCGGCUCCUGGCUGAGGCAGGGGACAGAGC